CCUAGUACUGGUUCCAAGGAAACAAGUGUAGUGAACUUAGUUGUGAUUCCUUCUGUCCUCAAGUUAUGGCAUUUGCUCCACCAAGAGCCCUUGGAGCUCGCAGUGUCCAAUCUUUAGAAGAAUACAACACUCCUCGAGCACCGCUCCGGCGGCAAGUGUCUCUGGAUGAGGAAAGGAGAGAUGACUGCCAGGGUCACUGGAAAGGGCCUUAUCUUGAGGGUGAGGAAGAGGAAAAAGGGGUCAGGUUAUUCAGGGCAAUGCUGUUACAGCAUCUUAGACUUGAGGAGUUGCGACCGCCACCUUGUAUGAUCGUUCCUGCUAAUCCGGAUGAAAGGGGCUGGUGGAUGUAUUGGAGAGACUGGAGAGCUCUUGAGCGUGCUGCUCGUAGGUUUAGGGAAACUAAGGCCAGAGCUAGACUGGCAUCAAGAGCUGAACACAUACCUCUGUUGUGCCUAGAUGAGGUGGAGUUUGAAGAUAUCAUGCAGGAGAUAUGCCAGGCUUGCGUUCACAUAGAGCAGCGAGCAUUAGUGGUGAUGGCAUUCCUAUGCGAGGUGGUAGCCCGAGCAGUAAGAGUCGGAGGUUGGUGCAGGGCAGCGGACUGGGCUGCCAAGCAUGUAGCCCAGUGUGCAACGCCAUGGGCUAUCAGGCAUGGAGGAUGGAGUGCUGUGGUAGAACGUGCUGGCGGUUCGCGAAGAGAAGACACACUUAUAGCUGGUGCGGCCAUCGCAGCUUUAUUGGCGUUUUUACUAUUUUGUCGUACACGAAUUCGCCAUGCGCUCCUUUGAAGUCUUUAGUUGUAAUGAUGGUGGAAAGCAGUGAUAGCUUAAUGGGAUAGACGUCGGCCUGCCUUUUUGGGGGGACCUAGUUCGAUCUAUCUAGCUCUAACAUGAAAUAUCAUGGAGUGUUUUACGCAAUUAAAUUUCACUUGCUUUAUCGGAGAAUGAGGAUAUCGUGUGGAAACCAACAUGCCUUUUUUUUUUGUUUUGGCGUGGCGGAAAAGCUUGAUGGCUACCUCCGACCCUUGGGCAGGAUGGAUGUUAUAUGGGACUCCCCCCUCUAAAGGGGGUAUUCCCAAAAUAAAAACCACCACGGCAUGCCCCUCUUGUUUGUAAGACGCCCGGGGAACCCGUUGUAUACCUUCUGGACGAAAAUCCAAAAAGCCCAAAAUGCUGAUAAUUGAAUCCCUCUUUUAAGACCUCAGCGCUCACCGCUACGCCAGGGAAGUCGAUAACCAACAUUCCUGAGUUUUUCAUAAUGAUCUCAAAGGCGAGUGAAGUCUAUCAAUCCGCAGCUGUUCCAGGAUAUCCUUUCUCAUUAUUAGAGCAGAAACGUGCCCUGAAGUCGACCGGUAUUUGUUCACAAUGAUGGUGAAGUUCUUCCUAAAGUUUACACCGACUACGCUGCGGAAAGAUGAUGUGGCGAGAUCAUGAUUUAUCCAAAACUAGUCUCGAUAGUUCAGUGGAUUGAAAGUGGACCGAAACUGUUCCACAGUUAAGUCAGUUGAGCCUUGUCCUCCUACAGUUAUACAAACACUGUUGCUAACCCAAACUGAUAAUGUUGGGUUUUUAUCCACAGGUGAAUUUGAAAAGAAAUAAUAAUAUAAAGAAACAAUAGGUAGGUGUACUAUUCAAAUCACCCAUUUGCCAAACCUUGCUUUAUCAAAUUAUUGUUAUUUAUUAAUAUUGCUUUAUCUAACGAUUACGACGAAACAAGUAACGUAAGUAACACUUGCGAUAGGUAAUAAAAAACUUUUAUUUUACUUAAAUAACUUGUCGU